CCGUUCGCAAGAAGGCAACCUAGCCCUCCUUCAGUGGGCAUCAAGUGAUGCCGCUAUAUCAUACUUGACUCUCCACAUUUCUUUGCUUGCCACCCACAUUCUCUUCAACAACAGUCAUUCUUUUGCUCAACUCUCUACGUUCCUUCACUCAGACAUUCCUAAAGCUUUCAUUCUUUUUCCCCAUCUACUUUCCCUAUGAAGAUGCACCGCUCAUGCAUGCUGCCAUCGAACGCUCCAGCCUUGUCAACACCAGAGCCCGCAUCGAACCGGGUCCUACAGGAGCGCUCAGGCAACAGAACGAGCAUCGAGAGCUCGCAGUCGCCACCCUACCGCCCCAAAGUCUAUCGACAACGGCUCGGGGAGUUUGGCUCCACCAUCCUCGCGCCGCCUCUUGGCUGCAGGACGGAAGAGGAGGUAGACUACGAGUUUCGCAAGGUAUGGGCCAUUCUGCAGAACCAUCCGAAGUACCAAAAGUACCGUGAGAAGAAACCGAAGGAAGGGGACAAAAAGGACGAGGACGAAGAUUUGGAAAAGUGGCCCGAAUUCCUCGACCGGGCCUUCUUUAGAGCCUUGAUUCGAUGGCCGCCGUCCGGGCGUGUCCAGUACGUGGUCGACGGCGAGAAACAGGGGCGAAACCAGCUAAUAUCGAGGUCCAUCUUCCUGAAGACGGGGGUGAUGCGAUGGAAGAAGCAGAUAUCGAGCCAUAUCCAGGUUCUAAGGCCCAAACUAUUGGAUGCGCCGCAGGUCGUCAGGCACUUUAGCAAGCCUGGAAAGACCAAGAAGGGUAGCGCUAGGGAGCGGGCAAACCAGGUCCGGAAUCGCCAGCUGUCGUACUCGGUGAAACGGGAUGAAGAUCGGAUGGACGACACCACUGCCACCUUGUAUGGAGGAUACCGUCUUGAGCUUCCCGCCAGUUCCCCAUAUGCCGUCAGGACAGAGGCCAAAGCCCCUUUUACCAUGAUGCAUUUCGAGAUGCUCGUACAGGAACACAAUGAGCAGGCAGUGCACUACGUAACGCAACUAGGUGACGAUCCCCGUCUAGGCGAUGUCCACUUCCCCGACCUCAACACAUGGAACAUGCAAUAUCCGGAGCUGAAUUUCCACCGUGUCAGCGAAUGGAGGGAUAGGCAGGUCCUCAUCUGCCACGCCUCCAUUGAUUUAAUGAUGGACAAGCAGCCCGGCGGUGCCGAGCUCGCCGUCAAGUACGUCAUCGAUUCGGCGCACGACAUCUCACACUUGGAACCCAUGCAUUGCCGCACGCGAUUCUACGAUAGCGGCACCUUGGCCUAUGAGGAAGAGAGGCGGUGCGAAUACGCAACCAACACGCGCAGCAACCUGCACUUUGGGAGCCAAUUCUGGGUGCGGCGGAUGAGCGACCUACGCAUGAAGCUGCUAAAGGGCCAACGGCACGACGAUCCGGGUGUGGCGCGGAAGAUGGAGAAGGAGGUCCAGCGCAGCUUGCAGUACAUGACUGCCGUGCAGGACGUGUAUGGGACGAGGGGCGAUUUGGGCAUGCAGCAGUGUCUGCUUACGAUUCUUUGGCGGUUCCGGCAGACGAGGACGAGGCAUGAGAUGGGGAGGGUGUCGUGGCGGGUUGCGUAUCUUCCGCAGGAAGAAGGAGGGGGAACGGUUGGGCAAGAGGGGGAGCAACUCGAGCCGGAUCAUCAGCAACCGAUGUGGGAUAAGGCGGCCGGACUUGGAGGGCCGGACUUUGAGGUGCCACACGAUCUGAAGUUGAUUCUGAAUAGUACCGCGACCCCUGGUUCGACGAUAUACAACGCUUCGUCGCUUUCUCUGGACCUAUCUCAAGCUCAACAACACCACCAUGUCACUCACCACCUUCAACAACACGAUUUCACCGCCCUCGCACCUCUCGAUCUCGACACCCUCUCCCACCUCGCUACCCUCUCGACGCAUCCCAACCCGAACGACCCCCUCGCCGGCUUUCCCUCCCACCCCGAUUCGGCAGCCACAGUCCACAGCCUGGCCAGCACCGAGUUCUCCCAAGCCCUCAGCCACGUCCCCAGCCUCACACACAGCAGCCACACGCAGAUGUCUCAAGACUCAGCAGUGGCAGCAGCAGGAGGAGGGGAAUCAGGCGAUAUUGAUUUCCAUGACCCGGGAGCCGUACGUCUCGAUGUUCGAUUACACGAGGGGCAUAUCCAGCUUGGUCCGGCCAUCAGUUUCGACGACGGUAUAGCGGUUGGCGGGACGUACGAUGAAGUCACUGACGCGGCAGGCAUGCAAUUGGAACCGGGGAUUUUGCAUGCUCAUGAUGGUUCUGUCUCCGCCGCGGCGGCGGAGGCCGUAUUUGGGGAUUUGCAACUUGAUGGGAUUGGCGCGUUGGUAGCGGCAGGAAGAGGAGGAGGACUGCACGUCGGUGAUGUCACUGCUACUGCUGCUGGGUAUCGAGACCAGGAGUUCUCGAUGGGCGAGUGCUAUCCCUCGGCCCCGAGCGUGAGUAAGCCGUGGUGUUAUGCGGACCUGAUCGCGAGGAUGGAGGAGAGCGCGGCGGCGGCGGACGGGCAAGGGCAGGGGCAGAAUUUGUAUGCUCAAAUGAAGUAUCCAGAUCUUGAGCAUGCACAUGGGCAUGGGCAUGGUCAGGGACAUGGACAUGGACAUGGGGAAGAGAUGGAUAUCAAUGUCGUAGGACCCGCGAUUGGGCUGCAUCACUCGCCUCAUGAGCAUAGGCAUUCGCAUCCUCAUUCUCUUUUACCGUCGCAAAGCCAGCACCAUGGUCCAUACCAGCACCAGCAUCAACAUCAACAUCAGCCUCAACAUCAGCCUCAGCAUCCUGAGCACUCGCUGUGGAAACUUCAAACAGGCUUCUCCGUGGCGGGCGCCGAGCAGGACGACAUCCAGCAUUAUCAGCGGCGGCGACAAGAAGAAGUGGCAGAACGGGAAGAAGAAGAAGAAGAAGAAACGAGGAGGGAGCAGCAGGCGCGUGGGAUAUUGGAGAUGAUUGAGAGGAGUCAGAGGGGUGAGGGUGGGUUGUUUCGGUAGGAGGACGCUGUGUGCGAGUUUUGCGGGACGAAAUCGAGGAUGGAGAAGAUAGGG